AUAUGCUUGGAAUUUUGUGUUUUGUGUGGUGGUUUGAAAACUAGAACAUUGGGUAUUUGGAGUAUUUUUUUAUUUGUCAUGGAUCAACGGUGGACAGGGUUGCUCUUGCCAGUAAUCUUCUUUUUGUUUUGGAGGAUUGCUGAUGGAUUUAAAUACAGCUACCCCCAUCCCCCCAGCCCCAGCAAUUUCAAGGAAUGUGCAUUUAGUGGGACUUGUGGGACACAUUCCAAUCAUGGGUGGGGUCAGCCUUCUGAUGCUUUCUCACCUCCUGCAGUCCAGUCUUCUAUGUCAGAGGUCUAUGUGACAAAGAAUUUGCCUAUUGAAGAAGUGGGCUCCAGUUUGUUCCCUAAAAAAACCCUGAAAAGCAAGUCGAAGUUGAAUCCACUUCAGUUUGUUAAAGGUGGUUCCAACAUCUAUCGGUCAACGUCCCAUGCCCAAACUGCUUCAAGCAGCUCUGUCUCCACUACCUUGCCUCUGUCCCUGAAUCAACAGCCUUCAAGCAGUUCGGCAACCUCUGGAUCAACCAUUCCAGGUGUUUCUGGUGGAUUAAGUUUAGAGCGAUAUCCAGAGAUGUCCAGUCAGUUUCAGCCCGUGGUGGUAUCCAGCCAGUCUACUAAUAGUCAAAGCUCCCCUAGUUUACAUAUGGUUAGACCUCAGAGUAGUUCAAAGUCAACAGAUGAUGCUACACCUCUGUACACUCGGGGCAGUGUUUCUUACAGAAGCUUCUCUAGCCAGUCUCAUGGCUCCGCCAAUUCUCAGGGCAACUCUGGGGCUAAAUUGUCUGCAAACUCUAUCCCCAAACGAGUAGGGAGUGGCUAUUACAGUGGUAUGUUGCAGUCUCUCAGUACCUCUAGUCCAUAUACUCCAGGAUCCCUUAUGGCUAAAAAGCUUGACUCUUUACCCCUGGGGGUUUCUAGCCAGUCUACAAAUGUUCAGAGUUCACCCAGUUUGUCUACAUCAAGCACCCAGAGCAGGUCUGGCACUCGGUCUGCAACUUCCAGAUACUUUAUCCCUGUGCAAGAAGAUCAUAGAUCUGUUAGUUUAUCUCACAAGUCUACAGGCACUCUGGGUCAGUAUGCUCCCAUGUCCCCUACAAAAUAUGCAAGUGCUCCAAUGUCUGCACCCCAAGCUACCAGAAACAGCAGGUCUUCAUAUAGAGCAGUUUCACAGGCUGGUUCUCUGUCUCAAAUGGGAGCUUCUGGUCCACUUACAUUACUGGGAAGGAAGUAUUACAGGGGGUUGCUUCCACCGUCUCAAGCCACCUCUAGUCCAUAUGCUCUUGGCUACUCCAAGCCCUUUUCCUCACCCCACAGCACUGGUGGACUAGCUGGAAGUGUCUUGAGUUCCCGUAAGCAAUAUAACUCUGGGGCUCCGUUUGGGGCAUCUACUGGUCUUGCCUCACAGGGAAUGAGCAGCUCUAACACUGGUUCUGUCCCGUCUCAAGGUACCACAAGUCAGUUUGCCCCUGGGGCUUCCCCAUAUGCAAGUGUUUCACACUCCUUACCCCAAACUGGUCCAUCUUCUACUGUUCAGGCUUCUGGGAAGCAGCUUACCUCUACUUACACUGGCAGCUCUAGCACCCAGGCAGGAUCAUCAACUCAAUUUAUCCUGCAUGGAAGCACUGCUUAUGGUGCAUCACAUCAGCCUCAAAAUAUAGCAAGUCAGUCUGCCUUUAAGUCUCCAUCCUCCUAUACAAGUGGAUCACUGUCCUCAUCCCAAGCUGGUCCAUCUUCUACUGUUCCGGGUUCUCAGAAGCAACAUGCCUCUACCUAUAUGGGCAGCUCUGGCACCCAGCCAGGAUCAUCCAGCCUCACUCUGCAGGGAAGCACUGCUUCUGGUGGAUUAGCUCAGCCUCAAGGUCCUGCUAGCCUGUUUUCCCUUGGGUCUCCAACCUCAUAUCCAGGUUCAUCACUGUCCUCAACCCAAACUGGUUCAUCUACGGUUCCGGAUUCUCUGAAGCCGCUUACCUUUUCCUUCAUGGGCAGUCCAGAUACCCAAAUGGGGUCCUCAACCUCUUUUAUCCUGCAGGGAAGCACUGAUUCUGGUGGACAACCUCAUCAGCCUGCAGAUGCUGCAAGUCCGUCUGCCCCUGGGUCUCCGUCCUAUGCAAGUUUAUCAGUGUCCUCAUCCCAAGCUGGUCCAUCUACUACUCUGGGUUCUCCGAAGCAGUUUACCUCUGCCUACCAGGGCAGCUCUGGGGCUCAGUUUGGAGCCUCUACAGAUGUUUCCUCACAAGACAUGAGCAGUGGUUACAGUGGUUCUGUCCAGUCUAAAGGUACUAAAAAUCAGUUUGCUCCCGUUCCUUCCCUAUAUGCAAAUGUUUCACUGUCCUCGCCAGAAGCUGGUCCAUCUACUGUUCCGGGUUCUCUGAGGCAGUUUACCUUCACCUUCAUGGGCAGCCCAGACACCCAGACUGGGUCCUCUACUCCUAUCCUGCAGGGAAAAGCCGCUUAUGGUGGAUCACAUCAGCCUCAAGCUGCUGCAAGUCAGUCUGCCUCUGGGUCUCCGUCCUAUGCAAGUGUAUCACUGUCCUUACCCCAAGCUGGUUUAUCUACUACUAUGGGUUCUCAGAAGCCGUUUACCUCUGCCUACCAGGGAGGCUCUGGAGCUCAGAUUGGGGCCUCAGCAGAUUUUGCCUCGCAAGAAAUGACCAGCUCUUACAGUGGUUCCCUGCAGUCUCCAGGUACAACCAACCAGUUUGCCCCUGGAUCUCCAUCCUUCUAUCGAGAUUCAUCAUUCUCACCCCAAGCUGGUCCAGUUACAUUUCCAGGUUUUCUUAAGCAACAUGCCUCUAGCUAUAUGGGCAGCUCUGGCACCGAGGCAGGACCAUCCAGCUUCACUCUUCAGGGAAGCACUGCUUCUGGUGGAUUACCUCAGCCUCAAGAUAUUGCUAGCCAGUUUUCCCCUGGGUAUCCAUCCUCGUAUCCAGGUUUAUCACUGUCCUUACCCCAAGCUGGUCUAUCUACUAUUCUGGGUUCUCUGAAGCAGUUUGCCUUUACCUUCAUGGGCAGCCCUAGCACCCAGGCAGGGUUCUCUAGUCCCUUUAGCCUGCAAGGAAGUAUCACUUAUGAUGGAUCAACAGAGCCUCCAGGUACUGCUAGUCAAUUUGCCCCUGUUCCUCACUCAUGUCCAUGUGCAUUAUCCCCAUCUCAAGGUGUUGCCAGUCAAUCUACUAUUCAGGGCUCUCAGAAGAAGCUUGCCUCUAACUUUGCAGGCAGCUCUGGUACCCAGGCAGGGUCCUCUACUCCCCAUGCUCUUCAGGGAGGCACAGCUUAUGGUGGUUCAUCUCAAACUCAAGACCCCACAAGCCAAUCUGGCCAGGGACCUUAUUCCUCCUAUGCAAGUGUAUUGCUGUCAUCACCCAAAGAUGGUCCAUCUACUAAUGUUCAGGGUUCUCUGAAGCGGCUUGCUUCCUUCGUAGGCAGCUCCGGCAUCCAUGCAAGGUCCUCUACUGCUAUCCUGCAAAGAAGCACUGCUUCUGGUGGAUCAUCUCAGCCUUAAGAUACCACAAGUGACUUUUGCUCCUGGGUCUCAGUCCUAUGCAAGUGUAUCCCGGUCCUUACCCCAAGCUGUUGCUGGUCCUUCUACUGCACCGUUCACCGAAGCUGUUUCUCUUCCUCCAAAGGGUGCUCUGGUAAACUGCUAUGAUGCAAGUGUUGCAGAUUUCAGAACUGAAACCCCAAUAAAAGUUGGAAUCUAA